AUGAACUUUGAUAUAUAUAAUUACUUUGAUACGAAUCAGUUGUUUAGAAAUGUAUACUUGUCGAGAGACUCGAGUGACGAUGCAUUAUUGAAUCUUGCUCGUAAUCAUCAGAGCAAAGUGGCAUUGUCAUCUUCAUCUUCAUCAUCACCUCCAACAACUCCACCACAACCACCAACACCAUCACCAUCAUUAGUAUCUGCAGUAGCUCCAUCCUCCCCAAUUGUCAAUUCACAACAACAACGAAACAACAAGGCACCAUUAACUCAAGAUCAACAACAACUAUAUAAUAUAUUACCUUCACUAGUUAAUCUUGAUAAAAAGGAUUAUUGUUAUGGUUUGGGUCAAAGAGAUGCCGAGGUUCCCUAUCUAUUUGUCAAACAAUCUAGUCUUCAAACAAGUGAGUUUUCAUUCCCUGCUACAUACAAGUAUUAA